AUGUCGUUCUUGAGUGCAAUCUCAUGCAACAUGACGUUUGCAAGGGCCUCGCCCACCCCCUGCCCCACUGCACGUGUGGUCCACGCCAGCAUGUUACUGAUUUGGCUGGUACGAGAAACUAUCGAGCUCCUCCCUUCGCGAGCAACUCGGAUCUACUUGGCGAGUGGACGUGCCAUGGAGCAUGUGAAGAGUAUGAUGCCGGGUACUGCGAUAUGCAUGAACUUGCCCACCGCUUCGAUUGUGUCCGCAAUCUCUGCCGCGAGUAGAUGACUCCACGUAAGAUUGACUUGGGAUACGUAUGUGCGUGUGGGAGGCUGGUGGUGACGGCUGUGGGUUAUCGGGUUUGAACACGCGUAGAAUCUAAGAGGGGGAAACCCGAGUUAUGAUGGAUGAGCAAAAGCGGCGAGUACGCUGCACCAGGUAGCUUCUACAUUUAAUUAUUCAGGCGCUGCCGCGGCGAAGCUGGGAU